AAACAAUUAACUUGGAAUUGUGAGUGAUACUGAACGGAAUGAUCAGAAUUACAUCUCUGCACUUUGAUCAGAGUAGGAUCGCAACAACGUCAUAAGAUGACGAUCAUAAAAAUUCAACAUACAAGAAUUAGAUGCAAACUGGUGAGGGAAGCGGAAACUAUAUGAGAAUGAACUCGUGGCACUAUCACUACUGUCAACAUAACCCAUCAUAAAUAACAAAGCCCUUGAAACGUCAAAUCUUGUACUCAUAAAGUAAAUAUUUAUAAUUAUGGCAAGAUAUUUUAGAGAAGAGGAUAUCGAUGAAUUUCGUGAAUGUUUUUAUCUUUUCACACAAAAAGGCCAAAUUACCAGACUGGAAGAAUUAACACUCAUUAUGAGAUCACUUGGGUUGAGCCCAACAAUCGCAGAAUUAGAUAAAUAUUUGAAAGAUAAAAAUGGAAAGAUGUCAUUUGCAGAUUUUUUAGAAGUUAUGCAUUUGCAAACAAGAGCUGAAAAUCUUCCAAAACAAGUCAUUGAUGCUUUUAGAGCUGGUGAUAAUAAUCGGAGUGGAACGAUAUCAGGAAGACAUUUAGCACAUUUAUUAUUAAAUUGGGGGGAACGAUUAACUCCAAAAGAAGUUGAGCAAAUAUUCCGAGAAGCCAAUGUAUCACGAAAUGGACAUAUUAAAUAUGAAGAUUUUGUUAAAAUAGCUUGUGCUCCGGUUCCAGAUUAUUAUUAAUUUACAAAUUUAGGAUUAAUUAGCAAAUAUAAUUGUAAAAAUCGUGUACCAAAAUGAAUCAUUCCAAUGAAAAAAGACUAUUUUGAAUACGUUUGAAUAUUUUUGUAAGUCAUUUAUAUGAAAUUGUUGAACAAAAAUUUUAAUGCAAUACA